UCCACUAAACCAAGUUGGAAAAACCUUCACGCCUCCGUUGGAGCCAACAUUUCCCCUUUUCAAAAUUCCACAUUUCCUCUUUUCAAACAAACAAAUCUCAAAAUCUCUCUCUCUCUCGUGCGCGCUCGCUCGCCGCCGUCGGUUGCAAAAGCCCGCGGUGCUUGAAGUCCAAGUCCUUCAAGGAUUAUUCCCUAGCCAAAGUUCCGCUGGCUCUACAAAUGAUAAACACUAAUCUCAAAAACAAUGCGCUAGGAAAUGUUGGGUUACCUGUGUGUCAUAAACAAUCACCAAUUGGCAGGAAGAAGGUAGCUUUGAGAGAUGUGCAGAAUGAUAGCAGGAGCUUAAUCCAUAAUGAUCCAGAGAGUUGCGUUCUAGGACUUAGUACCGAUGCUGUUAAGGUUUCUGGGACUGAGAGACUUACCCCUGAGUGCCCUUCAAACCCCUGUUACCACCAGUCCUGGAGAAGUAAUGAUGCAGAUGAACAUGUCACACAUGCUGGUAGGAAUUUUGGUUCAGAGCUAGGCAAGAGAAGAGUUCAAGAGGCAUCUAACAAAAAAUCUGAUUUUCUAAAGUUGAGAAAAUAUUUCCACAAUAAGCCAGAACUACCGCAACAACAUCCUGAAGAGAAGGAAAGAAAUACAUCUGGUGUACCUGCAUCUGCACCAGCUCCUUCAGCUUCUGUGAUAACGUUUUCCCCAGAUAGACCAUCAGUUCCUAUUUCUCUCGCAAACCCUUGUAGUGGUUUGCCAGCUGCUGAGUUCAAUUGCCUUCAGCUUACUUCUGAGUCUGACAUUCCGCAAUUCACUGAUUCUAAGGGGAACACUGAUCAAGAAAGGAAAGAACAAUUCCUUCAUCUGCAGAAGCCUCAGAAGCACUGUUAUGAGUAUGAUCAGAGGGACUACAUUCAUUUGUUUCGUCAUUUAUCUCCUGUUGAGCUUAACAGAUGUGCCGUCGAGUUGGAGAAAAGAUCAAUCCAGCUAUCAGUUGAGGAAGCAAAAGAGAUUAAAAGGAUGACGGCUCUAAAUAUAUUUGUGAAGUCUUCCCUUACAAACAAUCCCUUGCAAUCAUUUCCACAAGUUCAGACCAAAGAGUGAAAAGCAAUUGGAUACAAAUGUGUUAGUGUUUCAGAUUUUGCAGAUGACCCAUGUUCGCGAAUCUGCCUCAAUUCCUUCAUUUAUCCUUCCAUUUUUUGGGUUGGCCUGACAAGAAUCUACCUCCUCCAUGGUAGCUCUGCCAGGUGCUACUGUAAGCCUGUUGUUUAGGAAUUUAUAUAUCAAUUGUAAUUUUUCUUCUCUUGCUUUU